AUGACAGUGGAGCUGAACAUCUUCAACAUCAGCAAACAGCCAUUAGAGACUACUGAGAUUGGAAGUGCAUGCUUGAUUGAGGAGAUCAUCGAAGAUACUAUUGAUGAAACAAGCAUUGAGGACCCCUUGGAGGCAUGCUUUGCUCAAUUCGGAGAAGAUUUGGAUUUAGAUAAGCUACUUGAGCAAGCAAAUGCAAUGUUAGAGUUUGCUCCUCUGGAGAACUGCAAGGAAGAGGAGAUAGCAGUUCUCGAGCCUCCUAAGAAGGAACUUAAGCCAUUACCUGACAGUCUUAAGUAUAAGUUCCUAAGUCCAGCCGAAUCUUUGUCAGUGAUUAUAGCCUCAGACUUAGUCGAUACGCAAGAGAAGAAAUUGUUGGAUGUUGUAAGAGAGCACCAGGAGGCUAUUGAUAUUAAGUGGGUGAGCCCAAUUCAUGUUGUGCCGAAGCGGACUGGAUUGACGGUAGUGGAGAACCAAGAUGGCAAGUUAGUACCAACUUGUGUUCAAUCAGGAUGGAGAGUGUGUAUUGACUACCGCAAAUUGAAUGGCACCACCAGGAAGGAUCGUUUUCCCCUUCCUUUCAUCGAUCAAAUGGUGGAACGCUUGACGGGGCAUGCCUAUUACUGUUUCUUGGAUGGAUAUUCUGGAUACAACCAGCGGUGCAUGGUCAGCAUCUUUUCCGAUAUGGUAGAACAAUUUCUAGAAAUCUUCAUGGAUGACUUCUCUGUCCACAGUUCAUCUUUUGAGGAAUACAAACUCCCCCAUGUAAUCUAUUAUGCGAGUCGGACUCUUAAUGACGCUCAACUCAACUAUUCGACCAAGGAGAAGGAGUUGUUGGCAGUUGUGUUUGCUUUGGAUAAGUUUCGAUCAUACCUGCUGGGUUCGAAAGUCAUUGCCUACUCGGAUCAUGCAACCUUGAAGUAUCUUUUCUCCAAAAAUGAUGCCAAAUCUCGUCUCAUCCGGUGGAUUCUACUAUUGCAAGAGUUCGACAUUGAAAUUCGGGAUAAGAAAGGUUCUGAAAAUGUGGUAGCCGACCAUCUCUCCAGAUUGACUGUUGAUUUUACUAAGGAGGCCACCCCCAUCUCUGAGACCUUCCCUAAUGAGCAAUUGAUGCACAUUGCUCAUACUCCUUUAUCAUGGUUUGCCGAUAUAGUCAACUAUCUUGUCACGGGCCAUAUGCCUUUACAUUGGGGACGACAAGAUAAGUCCAAGUUUAUGGCCAUAGUGAAAUAUUUUUUCUGGGAUGAUCCUUACCUUUUUAAGUAUUGUCCUGAUCAGAUCAUUAGGAGAUGUAUCCCUGACCAUGACCAAGCUAAUAAACUAGGGACUAUUUCUAGAAGGAAUAUGAUGCCUCUCAACCCCAUUCUGAUUGUUGAGAUUUUUUAUGUGGGGCAUCGAUUUUUUGGGACUGUUCUCAAACUCCUUUGGCCAUCUUUAUAUCCUUGUUGCUGUGGAUUAUGUGUCCAAAUGGGUGGAGGCUAUUACUUGCAAGAACAACGACCACAGAGUAGUGGUUCAGUUUUUGAAGUUGCAACCCCAUAUAACCCUCAGUCCAGUGGACAAGUGGAGGUAUCUAAUAGGGAGAUCAAAAGAAUUUUGGAGAAAACGGUAAAUCCUUCACGAAAAGAUUGGUCUUUGCGUUUGAAUGAUGCACUAUGGGCAUACCCCACAGCCUUCAAGACCCCGAUUGGCAUGUCCCCAUAUCGGCUUAUCUAUGGCAAGGCUUGUCAUCUUCUGGUGGAGCUGGAGCAUCGGGCUUAUUGGGCCAUCAAGCAAUUGAACUUCGAUCUCACAAAGGCUAGCUCACAGAGGAAGCUCCAAAUCAAUGAAUUGGAGGAACUGAGGAAUGUGCGAGGUCUUACAAGGAACGAACGAAGAGGGCCCACGACCAAAAUAUUCUGA